AUGUUCCUGCUGCUCACUGUGGUUCUGUCCACUGAUGGGCUACUAUGUAACUAUGGCCCCCUGCAGGCCAGAGACCAUCCAUUCCCCAACAUCACCACUGAGUGCAGUCCAAAUAAGCGCUGCUCAUUCAGCAGGGGGUUUUACGGUCGAGUCCACAUGCUUUCUGGGCAGGGCUGUGUGGCACAGCACCUCUGUGGCUCACAUCAAACACUCAUGUACAUGGGUGUUAGCUACAAUGUCACCUACACCUGCUGCUGUUGCGACCGCUGCAAUACACCCCCUACAGUAGACAACCUCAUCAAAAAACUGCUUGGGGUUGCCAUCAGUCCUGCUGACAACAUCACCACUGCCAGUCCUCUAGAUUGCUGUCCAGAUGAAUAA